AUGGACAUGGCGAACGUUGGCACCUCGAGCCGCGUGCCGGCUGUGCAGGCGUUUGGCUUGAAGUGGGAACUUCCGGUGGAGGUUCUGCUGCAAAGAGCUGCCACGAAGCCACGAACAGGUGUAGAAUGUCAGCGGCCAACGGGACCUUCAUCUGCGUCGAGAUUACAACGGGCAAUUCGGCCUCCAAACCUCAAACGCCUGGAAUUUGAUUCGGACAUGCCAGUGAACACGGUUUCGUGGCCGGCCUCCCUGCAGGAGCUAUCGUUUGAUACUGAAUUCAACCAGCCCAUUGUGGGAGUCCCAUGGCCGGCCUCCCUGCAAAAUCUAUCGUAUGGUACUAAAUUCAACCAGCCCAUUGCCAAAGUCGCGUGGCCGGCCUCCCUGCAAAAGCUAUCGUUUGGAGUGCACUUCAACCAGCCCAACGCUGAAGUCGUGUGGCCAGCCGGCCUGAAGCGUCUGUCGCUUGGAGUGCACUUCAACCAGCCCAUCGCCGAAGUCGCGUGGCCGGCCUGUCUGAAGAGUCUGUCGUUUGGAGUGCACUUCAACCAGCCCAUCUCCCAAGUCGUGUGGACAGCAUGCCUGAAGCGCCUGUCGUUUGGGCGUUGCUUCAACCGGCCCAUUGUGAGAGUCGCGCGGCCGGCCUCCCUGCAAAAGCUAUCGUUUGGGCGUUGCUUCAAGCAGCCCAUUGUGGGAGUCGCGUGGCCGGUCUCCUUGCGAAGGCUAUCGCUUGGUACUGAAUUCAACCAGCCCAUUGCGGGAAUCGUGUGGCCGGCCUCCCUGCUGCAGUUGUCAUUCGGGGUGGACUUCGCACACAGGUGGAAUGGUCGGCCUCCAUACACGGUGUAA